UGAUCAUAAACCACUUAUGGGUCAGAACCAGAACCGUUACUCUCCCUGCAGGCUCAUGGCUCCCCCUGCUGGAGAAGCACAGGAAAACGAGCUGGACCCAAGAUGGCGGCGGGAGGCGGACAGCAGCGCGAGGACAGGUUUUAAUCCGGACUGAACCGAGGCGGGUCCAAAAGGAAGCGGCCAUGUUGUGAUGGGAGGAAGAGGAGGAGAUGGCAGCGGAGCUUUUCUCCACCAGCCUUCCUCACGGCGAGGACGAGGAAGAGGAGGAGGACACAAAGAAGAACUUCGUCCAGCUGAGCGAACCCAAGGAAUCCGCCAAGCGGAACGCCAUCGGCAUCGACGACGAUGAUGAUGAUGAUGAUGAGAGACUCAGCUGGCAGGGAGCCCACCCCACCCUGAGGGAGAGGAACGCUCUGAUGUUCAACAACGAGCACAUGGCCGACAUCCACUUCAUUGUGGGUCCGCCUGGAGAAACGCAGACGGUCCCAGCUCAUAAGUACGUCCUGGCGGUCGGCAGCUCCGUGUUUGGAGCCAUGUUCUAUGGAGAUCUGGCGGAAGGACAGUCGGAGAUCCACAUCCCGGACGUGGAACCAGCUGCUUUCCUCACCCUGUUGAAGUACAUGUACAGCGAUGAGGUGGAGCUGGACGCCGACAUGGUUCUGGCCACGCUCUACGCCGCCAAGAAGUACAUCGUCCCUGCCGUGGCGAAGGCGUGCGUGGGCUUCCUGGAGACGAGCCUGGAGGCCAAGAACGCCUGCGUGCUGCUGUCCCAGAGUCGGCUGUUUGAGGAGGCGGAGCUUACGCAGCGCUGCUGGGAGGUGAUCGAUGCACAAGCCGAGCUGGCGUUGCGGUCUGAAGGGUUCUGUGAGAUCGACCAGCCCACGCUGGAGAUCGUCCUGCAGAGGGAGACACUCAACAUCCGUGAGGCGGCGGUGUUCCAGGCGGCGUUGAGCUGGGCGGCGGCAGAGUGCCGGCGCCAGGGACUGGCAGUGACCCCUUGGAACCAGCGGACCGUGCUUGGGAAGGCUCUGUACCUGCUCCGGGUCCCCUCCAUGUCUCUGCAGGAGUUUGCAGAUGGACCAGCACAGUCGGAGGUUCUGACAUUGGCAGAGACCCACAACAUCUUCCUGUGGUACACCGCCACCAACAAACCCCAACUGGACUUCCCUGUGGGGAAACGGGUUGGCCUGGCGCCACAGCGGUGCCACCGCUUCCAGGCAUCCGCCUACCGCAGCAACCAAUGGCGCUACAGGGGGCGCUGCGACAGCAUCCAGUUCGCCGUGGACCGCAGGAUCUUCAUGGCCGGGCUGGGCCUGUACGGGUCGAGUGGUGGGAAGGCCGAGUACAGCGUGAGGAUCGAGUUGAAGCGACAGGGCACCCUUCUGGCCCAGAACCUCACCAAGUUUCUAUCAGACGGGUCGAGCAGCACCUUCCCCGUCUGGUUCGAACACCCUGUCCAGGUGGAGCAGGACACCUUCUACACGGUCAGCGCCGUCCUGGACGGGAACGAGCUCAGCUACUUUGGACAAGAGGGAAUGACCGAGGUGCAAUGUGGGAAGGUGACCUUCCAGUUCCAGUGCUCCUCGGACAGCACCAACGGUACCGGAGUGCAGGGGGGACAGAUCCCAGAACUGAUCUUUUACUGCUGAAGCUGGACCUGACGGACUGAAAGGCCUCAAUCCAGGAGGGACAGUCUGGUUCUGAUAGUGUUAGCGGCUACAGUUCUGAUACCAUUAGGUACAGAUUUCAUCGCGUUAGCUACAGUUCUGAUGGCGUUAGCGGUUCUGGUUCUGACUGAUUGAGGUGUUUCAAUCAUUAAAGUUUGUGUGACUGAAA